UGUGGAAUUCGAUGGCUGUAACUGGAAGCAACAUGCCUGGGUGAAAGUCCAUGCUGAAGAAGUUAUAGUGUUGUUGCUGGAAGGAUCAUUGGUUUGGGCACCUCGAAAUGAUCCAGUUAUGCUUCAGGGAACUCGAGUCUCACUGGCACAGUGGCCUGCACUGACCUUCACUCCUCUAGUAGAUAAGCUGGGAUUAGGCUCUGUGGUCCCAGUGGAGUUUCUUCUGGACAGACAUUUACGUUUCCUGUCUGAUGCCAGUGGAUUACGUUUGUUUCAGAUGGGAACAGAGAAUCAAAAUCAGAUUCUGCAGGAACAGCCUUCACUAAGAGAAUCUGUCAAUGCAUUGAUCAGUGACCAGAAGCUUCAGGAGAUAUUUAGUAGAGGUCCUUACAGUGUCCAAGGCCAAAGAGUUAAGGUUUACCAACCAGAGGAUGAAAAUAGCUGGCUUUGUGGUGUUGUGAGCCAUCAAGACCCGAUAACCCGGCUUAUGGAGGUGUCUGUGACUGAGAGUGGUGAAAUAAAGUCAGUGGAUCCUCGACUGGUUCAUGUGGUGAUGGAUAACGCUUCUCCAAGUGAGGGAGGGGGCCUAAAAGCAACUAAAUCAUCUAAAGGGAAAAAGAAGAAAGAAAGUCUGGAGGGGAAGGAUGGACGGAGGAGGAAAAAUGCUUCAGAUUCUGGGUGUGAUCCUGCAACAAAGAAGCUAAAGGAGAGGGGUGAGGUGGAUAGCAAUGGUAGUGAUGGAGGUGAGGCAAGCAGAGGUCCUUGGAAAGGAGGCUCCAGUAAUGAAACAGGACUGGAUCCAAGGGCCAAACAGUUGCCUUCGUUCAUUCCUCAGAUUAAUCGUAAUAUUCGCUUUGCCACUUACACCAAAGAGAAUGGCCGAACACUAGUAGUCCAAGAUGAGCCGGUUGGUGGUGACGCACCAUUGCCCUUUACUCCAUUUUCCCCUGUGGCUGGACAAGCAUUACUAGUUGGAUCUGGAUGUAAAGAGGCAGGAAAAUCACUGGAACAGGUUGGCCAAGGCACGAUGACUUCUGCAACUGCAGUUACUACAACUGCUUUGACACCAACAACUGUGAGAAUCUCUGAUACCAGUUUGCCAGCUGUUACUGGACAGGAGAAACUGAAAACAGGCCGAUCACAAGCCCAGGGAGAGAAUUCCCGAAAUUCACUUUUGGCUUCUUCUGGAUUUGGAGUCUCUCUCUCAAGUGCUUCCCAGUCCUUGGUAUUUGGGGGUGGAAGGAGCCAAGCAAAUGGAGUGGUGACUCCAGAAAGCAAGCCUUCUGGAUUUUCUUUUGGCUGUAGUACUGGACAAGAGGCUCAGAAAGAUUCUGAUCUGUCCAAGAACUUGUUUUUUCAAUGCAUGUCCCAGAAUCUACCUUCCACUAACUACUUCACGGUCAUUUCAGAGAGCUUGACUGAAGAUGCCUCUAGUCGGGACUCAUUCAAGCAGUGUACGGAGAGUGUAGGUGCUGGGAUAUGUAAAGGUAAAAUUCUUUCAGCGGACACUAAACCAGGAGCCCAGUCUGGCAGUUCUGUGGAGCGGAAACUGCCUGUGGAAUCUAUGCCUACCCUUACUCCAGCCUUUUCACGAAGUCUGUUGAAUACUCGUCCCCCAGAUAGUCAUGAAAACCUGUUUUUACAGCCCCCAAAGCUAUCAAGAGAGGAACCCUCAAACCCAUUCCUGGCAUUUGCUGAGAAAGCAGAACUUAGUCCUUUCAGUGGCUUUGCAUCUUCAUCUCAAACAGGGGUUUCCACUCCCUCUACGCCUGUGGGUCAUAAGGCCACUUCUGGCUGGCCGGAAACACUCGCCUCUACAGACUCUUCUCUAGCUAAAAAGAAAACCUUGUUUAUAACAACUGACUCCUCAAAGAUGAUCUCCAGUACUCCUGGUGCAACAGUUGCUGCUGGUGUUCAGAGCCCUUCCACUGUAGGGAAUGGCCGUUCCAGCUCACCAACCAGCAACCUGACACAGCCUAUUGAGAUGCCCACACUUUCCUCCAGCCCAACAGAAGAAAAACCAACUGUUGGGCCUGGGCAGCAGGACAAUCCUCUUCUGAAAACUUUUUCUAAUGUGUUUGGCAGACAUCCACCUGGCUUUUUCUCUUCACAGGCAGAGUUUCCACAGGAGAACAAAGCCCCUUUUGAAGCUGUGAAAAGGUUCUCUCUAGAUGAGCGGAGCUUGACAUCCAAACAGGACUCGGACUCCAGUACCAAUAGUGACCUGUCGGAUUUGAGUGACUCUGAAGACCAGUUGCAGGCCAAGGCUUGUAUGAAGGGAAUCCCAGACCACUUGAUGGCAAAACUAGGCCCCAAUGCAGAGCGCAAUGCUGAAUUGCUGCUGGGGAAAGGAAAAGGGAAGCAAGCCCCAAAGGGCCGGCCUCGCACAGCUCCCUUAAAAG